AGCCUCCAGGCCGGGCGGGCUGGUGGGGGCGCCGCUGACCACCGCCGUGACCACUGCAUGCUGUCCCGUGCAGGGAGGGCAGCAAAGCCCCUCGACCCGGAGACCGGGACCCCUGAGUCCAACCCUUGUCUGCCACUCGGGUUCACUGUGAGGGAGGCCCCAGGCAGGCCCCCCUCCGUCUCGCACGUGGUGGGUGAGUGUGCACUCGCGUGCACACGCGCCGACGGGCCUGUCUUCUGACCGGCGGGUGAAGUGGAUGGGUGCACGUGGGGCCCAGAAAAAGCCCGCCCAGGAGGCUUGGCUGCGGGCACUGGAGACACACAGGCAGAUAUCGAGGGACCCUUGCUGGCUGCCCCGAGCCCAGCAGGCCUGCGGCGUUCACACGGGAGACCCGCUCCUGCCCAGCUGCAGGCCGCAGGGUAGGCAGCGAGGCGGCAUGAGGACACCCUUUCCCCAUCCUCUCCAGGCUGGGCUGGGGGAACGUGGCCCUCAAGGGUGCUGGGGUGGGGUUUUGCAGGCUGGACGUCUGUCUCGGAAGCCCGGUCCCAGUCGUUAACCUCGGGGAGGCUGCCAGGCAGCCAGAGGACCGGAGGAGCCUCCAUCUCACAGGCCCUGUCUGUCCCCCUGCGCGGGGCUCCGGCGAGGGUCCCCACCACCCCUACACCAGGCCUGCCACUGACGUCCCUGCAGGGAUGGGCGCCUCCGCCCUGCCUCUGGGUGAACGAGGGCAUCGCUGCCUCGGGCUCCCCCUCCCUGGGGUUUGGCUCCUGCCCUUGGCCGGCAGUGCAAAUCACAGGCUUCCAGAGGCAGCCCGGCUCUCCCGGAGCCUGUUUUAGACCUGGAGCCCCCCUCUCCCCCCGCAACCCUGGCCUGGCCCACUGGUGCUCAAACUGAGGCUGGAGCGGGGGGACUUGGGGUGCGCCCCCUGGGGAGGGGCCGGGCCUGCCCAGGCAGCUCCAGUUCCAACCACAACAUCCUUCGGGGUCUGGCCUUUAGAGCUGGGGCAGAUGACUCCCACACGGCCCUGGCACAGUCCCCCGGGACCCGCCCCCACCACAGGGGGCGCCCCCCUCGCCUGCGGGGCUCAACCGGGAGUAUAAGUGGCGCCGGCGCUGGCCGCAGCGAGAGACCAACUGAGGCCCAGCAGCCCCGGCAGCCGCUCACGGACACAGACAGGACAGACGCACCAUGAGGCCCGUGACAGUCCUCACCCUGCUGGCCCUGGCUGUGCUCUGCCUGGCGGGCCCGGCCGAUGCGAAACCCAGUGGUGCAGAGUCCCGCAGAGGAGCAGCCUUCGUGGCCAAGCGGGAGGGCAGCGAGGUGGUGAGGAGGCUCCGGCGCUACCUGGACCCCGGGCUGGGAGCCCCAGCCCCCUACCCGGACCCCCUGGAGCCCAGGAGGGAAGUCUGCGAGCUCAACCCCGACUGCGACGAGCUGGCUGACCACAUCGGCUUCCAGGACGCUUACCGGCGCUUCUACGGCACGGCCUAGAGCGGGCGCCCUGAUGGCCCUGGCCCGGCUGGCAGCCCUCCCCGCAC